AUGCGCCGCUCAGGGGCGCCUUUUACGACGCGUCAGACACUGCGCUUGGCGGCCGCAGGGCAGCCGAGGGAGAGCUGCGCGAGCGGCACGGGGCUGAGGGGACGCGCAGGUGGCGGCGUCGCCAUGUCGCACGGCCACAGCCACGGCGGGGGCGGCUGUCGCUGCGCCGCGGAACGGGAGGAGCCGCCGGAGCAGCGCGGCCUGGCCUACGGCCUGUACCUGCGCAUCGACCUGGAGCGGCUGCAGUGCCUCAACGAGAGCCGCGAGGGCAGCGGCCGCGGCGUCUUCAAGCCGUGGGAGGAGCGGACAGACCGCUCCAAGUUUGUUGAAAGUGAUGCAGAUGAAGAGCUUCUGUUUAAUAUUCCAUUUACGGGCAAUGUCAAGCUCAAAGGCAUCAUUAUAAUGGGAGAGGAUGAUGACUCACACCCCUCUGAGAUGAGACUGUACAAGAACAUUCCACAGAUGUCGUUUGAUGAUACAGAAAGGGAGCCAGAUCAGACCUUUAGUCUGAACCGGGAUCUUACAGGAGAAUUAGAAUAUGCUACAAAAAUUUCCCGUUUUUCAAAUGUCUAUCAUCUCUCGAUUCAUAUUUCAAAAAAUUUUGGAGCAGAUACUACAAAGGUCUUUUAUAUUGGCCUGAGAGGAGAAUGGACUGAGCUUCGCCGACAUGAAGUGACCAUCUGCAAUUAUGAAGCAUCAGCCAACCCGGCAGACCACCGGGUCCAUCAGGUUACCCCACAGACACACUUCAUUUCCUAAGGGCUGGCCCAGGCUCCCACAGAUGUGCAGUCAGUGAAGACGUACCACCUGUUGGGAAGGACAGAGAUGAGGCUCCAGUGAGAGUUGGUUGCCACAGCCUCUGCUGAGUUUUCUCUUUGGGGCUCGCUGCAGAAAUCCAGCCUAUGGACGAUACCACACCACUGUGAGGGUUGUGUGGGUGCUGAGGGACAAUCGUGGUUCUCUAGGGCACUGCAGAAAUUGGGUCUUAGGUUGUGUGGCAUCUGGCUGUCAUGGAUAAUGCUUGCUUUUUCCGUUGAUGUGGCCAUGGGAUCCCAAGUGUCUUGUUGCUUUGUGGCAGGAUUUUUAUGUGAUUUUUUUCUUUUUCUUUUUUAAAUGGAAACUCUUCCUGAGCUGCAGGAAACCUGAAGCAUCAGGAUUUUGUUUGUGUGAGCUAUCAGGAGGGUCUCCAACUAGAAAUACUUGUCCCUGCUUGUUCCUUCUCCCUGUUGUUAUUCAGCAUUCUUGUCAAGUUGCCUAGCUUGGAGUUGUCUGUCACGCACAGUGUCCCGUGGUUAUAGCUUGAAAGGCAGGAGUCUCCUGAUGAUGUGUGAUAGCUUGGGGGGGGAGAUCUUUCCCACUGCCUAGCUAAGCAGUCUGGGGAGAGCAUGGGAAUCAUUUGUGUUUGUGGGUAACCUGGUUGGGGUAAGAUUGAGACUUAGUUAAAAUUCCCUUUGGAAUCUUCUUAAUGUUUUAUUAGCUUCUAACUUGUGUUGUAAGCCCAAUGCCAGAAUUUGGAGAUAAGCUCUUGAGUUCUUCUGUUCAUGGCUUUUAUUCACUGUGACUAAUAAGCUUCCUAAUAAAUCCUUGCCAGAC